AUGAGAAGUUUAGAAGCAAAUAAAAGUUUAAAAAGUUUACAAAGUAGCCAAUCUGGCAGUACAAAAUUAACAAGUAUGGAUGAUAAAAAAUUGGAAACAGAAAAUUAUGCACAUUUUUUAUAUAAUAGAGAAGUUGUUUUUGCUAUUAAAUAUCAAGUUAGAGUUAGAAUAUUUAAUGAGGAUUUUGCUAAUUUAAAGAAGAUACGUCAGAUAGACCAUGACAAUUUAAAUAAAUUCUGUGGACUCUGUGUAGAUGCACCUAUUCUCUAUGCUAUUUGGAAACAUUGUCAGAGAGGGAGUUUAAAAGAUUUAAUCGCCAAAGAGAGAUAUGUUGGAGAUUCUUUUGUAAUGUUUACUUUAAUGAGGGAUAUAGCUAGUGGAUUAAUAGCUUUACACGGGUCGUUUGCUGGAGCACAUGGAAUGCUUUCCUCAGAGAAUUGUUUAAUUAAUGAUCGUUGGCAAGUAAAGAUUAGCGAUUUUGGAUUGAAUAUGAUUAGAGAAAGUCAACCAAUGUCGAAAAGAAAAUUAUUGUGGACAGCACCAGAAUUAUUAAGAGAAAAUAAUCGAAAAGGAACAAAAGAAGGAGAUGUUUAUAGUUUUGCUAUAAUUUGUUGUGAAUUAGUUAAUAGAGAAACUGUUUGGAAUGGAGUUGAAAGAGAAGAUGAUGUUGAUGAGAUACUUUACCGACUAAGACGAUCAAACGUGGCAAUCCCACACCGACCUCAAUUGCAUCCUCGAGAGGAGAUCAAUCAAAAUUUGUUACACUUAGUCCGUGAUUGCUGGGGUGAGAUUCCGACUGAACGCCCAAAAAUUGAUAUGGUCAGAACAAUGUUGAAGCAAAUGGUUAGGGAUGGAAAUCAAAAUUUAAUGGAUUAUGUUUUUGGAAUGAUGGAGCAAUAUGCAAGUUCUCUAGAACAAGAAGUUGAAGAAAGAACUAGAGAAUUAGUUGAAGAAAAAAGAAAAAGUGACAUUCUUUUAUAUAGAAUGCUUCCAAAACAAGUUGCCGAAAAAUUAAAAUUGGGGGAAUUUGUUGAACCUGAGCAAUAUACAGCUGCUACUUUAUUCUUCUCCGAUGUUGUUUCAUUUACAACUUUGGCCAGUAAAUGCUCACCCCUUCAAGUUGUGAACUUAUUAAACGGUCUCUACACAGCAUUUGACGGAAUUAUAGAUAGUCAUGAUGCUUACAAAGUUGAGACAAUCGGAGAUGGCUAUCUAGUUUGUUCCGGAAUUCCCCGUCGAAAUGGAAAUGAUCAUGCUAAGGCAAUUGCCGAAUUAUCUUUUUCUUUCCUGCGUACCGUCUCAACAUUUCGAAUUGAUCACUUGCCAAAUGAACGUGUUAAUUUACGUAUUGGAAUACAUACUGGACCAGCAGUAGCUGGAGUUGUUGGAUUGACAAUGCCUCGUUAUUGUUUAUUUGGAGACACUGUAAAUACAGCUAGUAGAAUGGAAUCUAACGGAAGACCUGGACGUAUCCAUAUAUCAACCACAACUAAUCAUUAUUUAACUAACAUAAUUGGAGGAUAUGUAACAGAACCUAGAGGAGAAGUAAUUAUUAAAGGAAAAGGAGUUAUGGAAACAUUUUGGCUACUUGGACAUUCUGGGGAUUCUCAUUACUUUUCAGGUACAGGUGUUACUAAUGGUGAUCGUGACACUCCAGAACCUAUUUGA